AUGCGACGGCAAGCUUUCAUACUGCUUAUCAUCAGCGUACAGUUGGCACUGUUCGCAACAGCUUCACUAAGUGUGGAUGCGAAGAACGUGUUCAAUAGUAAAGAUGAAUGGAGUAAAUACCAUGAUCAAGCUGCGUUGGAAUCUAAACUAAUCCAAAUCAACGCGAAAUGCCCCGAAUUCACUCGUACCUAUUCGAUCGGUGAAAGCGUUCAGGGUCGCGCACUGGUUGUCAUCGAGUUCUCGACCACACCACAACAUCAUCGACUUUUGAAACCUGAAGUGAAAUAUGUGGGCAAUAUGCACGGAAAUGAGCCGAUUGGUCGCGAGCUUCUAAUUCGUUUAGCUGAUUAUUUGUGUGAUGGACUGAAGAAGAACGAUAAAGAGAUAUGGAAAUUAAUCAAUUCAACAUCUAUUCAUAUAUUACCCUCAAUGAAUCCAGAUGGUUUCGAGCAUGCUUUAUCAACUGAUCCACAGAAUCGCGGCUGGGUUGUUGGUCGUACAAACGCAAAUAAUGUUGACCUGAACCGUGAUUUUCCGGAUCUGGAUAGCCUUUACUAUGACUUCGAGGCGAAUAAAAUACCGCGAUAUGACCACUUAUUAGAGUUGUUCGACGAUGAUAAACAAGUAAAACUCCCAAUCGUUCGUAAUUAUAAGCAUUCCUGCUACCAAUUUAAGCGUCAACCAGAAGUUCAAGCCGUCGGCAGAUGGAUGCUGUCGACACCGUUCGUCUUAUCGGCGAAUUUUCACGAAGGCGAUUUGGUCGCCAAUUACCCGUUCGAUUCGGCACGAAUCACGAAUACGAAUCAAUACGCAAAGUCUCCGGACGAUGAAACAUUCAGGUAUUUGGCGCAGUCUUAUGCCAGCAACCAUGCACAUAUGGCCAAAAAUGAUCAUGCACCGUGCGACGGCUCUCUUCAUGACGCGUUUGCACAGCGUGGUGGCAUAACGAACGGCGCUAAAUGGUACUCGGUAUCGGGUGGUAUGCAAGACUUUAAUUAUUUGGCAACAAACGCAUUCGAAAUUACAUUGGAACUCUCAUGUGAAAAAUUCCCAAACGGUAGUAUGCUACCGCAGUUUUGGGAAGACAACAAGAAUGCUCUAUUGAAAUUCUUAUCGAUGGCUCACCUGGGUAUCAAAGGGAUUGUUGUGGAUAGGAUUACAGGUCAACCAAUUCAAAAUGCGAUUGUAUGGGUGCGAAACGGUACUGAACGUGAACCUAUUAAGCAUCCCGUCACCACAUGUAUGUUAUUAAUUCUCAAGAUUCAUUCGUUUAAACCUGAUUAUGUCCAAAUUGCAGGGAAAACCGGUGAGUACUUUCGGUUGUUAACGCCCGGCAAUUAUGAGGUAUUUGUGACAGCCGAUGGCUAUGAACCAACCAUGAGAAGAGUGACUGUUCGUGACAAUACGGUUGGCAAUUAUUCGGCACAAAUAGAAAAUUUUGAACUGAUACCGAGUGGUGAGAGUGACACCUUUAGCGACAUCAACAACGUUGUCGACGUUAUACAGCCCGACGACGAAACUUCUAUUAUCAAAGAACUAAUUGAACAAAUGCAACAAAAACGGCAACAAGAAAACAACCCUACAGAUUAUUUUUAA